ACACACACACACACACACACACACACACACACACACACACAAGCUUGUGAGGCAAGAAGAUCAAAAAGCCAAGAAGGGCGUGAAUUGAGGCAGACUCCCUGCUUCAGCAGCAACUCGCCCAAACCAGAAGCAAAAUGUCCUUGAAGUUGCCAAGAAACUGGGAUUUCAACCUGCGAGGGGAGGCUGGGAAAAUAGCUCGGUCAAGGAGUGUGAUGACCGGAGAGCAGAUGGCGGCCUUUCACCCCGCAUCCAUCCCCAGCCCACUGGAAAGACCCGUCAAGAUGGGCUGGCUGAAGAAGCAGAGGUCCCUCGUGAAAAACUGGCAGCAGAGGUACUUUGUGCUGAGGGCACAGCAGCUCUAUUACUACAAGGACGAGGAGGACAUGAAGCCACAGGGUUGCAUGUAUCUACCAGGGAGCACAAUCAAGGAGAUCGCCACAAACCCAGAAGAAGCGGGGAAGUUUGUCUUUGAAGUCAUUCCAGCCUCAUGUGACCAGAGUCGCACGGGACAGGACUCCUAUGUCCUCAUGGCCAGCUCCCAGGCGGAAAUGGAGGAGUGGGUUAAAUUCCUUAGGAGAGUCGCUGGCACACCCUCUGGAGCGGUGUUCGGCCAGCGCUUGGAUGAGACCGUGGCCUAUGAGCAGAAAUUCGGCCCCCACCUGGUGCCCAUCCUGGUGGAGAAGUGUGCCGAGUUCAUCCUGGAGCACGGCCUGAACGAAGAGGGCAUCUUCCGACUGCCUGGGCAGGACAACCUGGUAAAGCAGCUGAGAGAUGCUUUCGACGCGGGGGAGCGGCCCUCCUUUGACAGAGAUACAGAUGUGCACACGGUAGCCUCCCUGCUGAAGCUCUACCUCCGAGACCUCCCAGAGCCAGUAGUCCCCUGGAGCCAGUAUGAGGGGUUCCUGCUCUGUGGGCAGCUCAUGAAUGCAGAUGAGGCAAAGGCUCAGCAGGAGUUGACGAAACAGCUCUCCAUCCUUCCUCGAGACAACUAUAGCCUCCUGAGCUACAUCUGCAGGUUUCUCCAUGAAAUCCAGCUGAACUGUGGAGUUAACAAGAUGAGUGUGGACAAUCUGGCUACUGUGAUUGGUGUGAAUCUCAUCAGGUCGAAGGUCGAAGACCCUGCUGUGAUCAUGAGAGGGACUCCUCAGAUCCAAAGAGUGAUGACCAUGAUGAUCAGAGACCAUGAAAUCCUCUUUCCCAAGUCCAAGGAUGCACCCUUGUCACCCCCUGCCCCCCAAAAUGACCCCAAGAAACCUCCAGUGGCGCGAAGCUCUGUGGGCUGGGAUGCCACUGAGGACACUCCAAUUUCUAGGACAGACAGCGCCAGCGACUCAGAUGCAACCAGCCCCACUGGACAACGGCCAAGUGAUGGGUGUGUAGAAGACAAAGCAUCGAGGGAAAAGCCAGGAGAUUGGAAGCUGCAGUCACGAAAAAGGACUCAGACGCUCCCUAACCGGAAAUGCUUCUUGACAUCAGCUUUGCAAGGUGCCAACAGCUGCAGAGCAGAGAUCUUUAAAAAUGAGUUCUGGUCUUCUUCGGAGGGGAAGGCAGGGGACGGGCACAGGAGAACGAUGUCUCAAGGUGUGCCACAGUUUUUCGACUCCCAGCGGACUUCCACCUACGAUAACGUCCCCACGCAGCCGGGGUCCCCUGGGGAUGAAGCCGGUACACUAUCAUCCCAGGCCUGUGACUCCAAGAGAGAUGCUCUUGCCAGCCUAAACUCUGAAACCGGGCCUGGGAAAAAGAACUCCGGAGAAGAGGAACUUGAAUCUUUGCAGAGGAUGGUCCAGAAGCUGCGAAAGGAAAUAGAAACACAGAAGCAAAUGUAUGAGGAACAGAUUGAAAACCUUGAAAAGGAAAAUUACGAUGUGUGGGCUAAGGUGGUGAGGCUCAGUGAAGACCUGGAGCAGGAGAAGAAAAAGUCUGCAGCCUUGGAAAUCAGCCUCCGCAACGUGGAGCGCUCGCGGGAGGAUGUGGAGAGGAGGAACAAGGCCUUGGAGGAGGACGUCAAGGAAUUUGUCAAAUCGAUGAAGGAGCCCAAGACCGAUGCUUGAGCAUCCCAGGAGCACCACAGAGACAGCCUGCAGAGACCCAGCAAUGCUCCCUUUCUCACUGCUAGCUGAUGACCAGGAAGCAAUAUUCCUCCCUAAGAAGGAGAGGACAUUUUCGGGGGGAAAACAUCACAUUUCCCAGUAGAUAAAUCAGUGGAGUUUGCAGGAGGAUAAGCGUGAGCCGGGACUUGUGUGGACAUCUCCGAGCCCUGGGGCUGUAUUCAAAGGGAUUGCAUUAUUCCACCGUGGUCUCAGGCCGAGUGAAGCGGCACCUCCCGUGGCUGAAUGGCUGUGUCCAAUGGAGACACUGCUGCAGGCCACAUCCCAGGACCCAGGCAACAGGGUGACCCCAACAGAGGCUGGACUGAGGAGUUGGUGCUUUGUUUCCUGUGUGGGACAUUUCACCUAGUCAGAUGGCCUCCGGGUGUCUCUGAGACACAGGGGCCAAAAAUGAUAUUCAGCUUUUGAUUUCUUAGCCAUGGUGGGCUGUGUUUUGAGGGGCUGCACCUACUGAAGCCAGGACCCCAUUCUGCCACCCGUCCCCCCGCCGUGAUGCACACUCUCCAGGGCUGCAAACUCAAAAUUAGUAUUAGGCAAAGACAAAACAAGCAGUAAACUGGAUUUAUGAAAGCAAAAGCAAUUAGAAAAUUAGAUUCAAAU